AAUUGCUAUUCUGGGGCAAGGCGAAAUGGAACAAGAGCAAGCGGCCAACCGCCAGCCCAACGCCAACGCGGUCCAGCCAAGUCCAACCCGUACCCACCACGCCGCCGACGCCGACGCGUCGCCAACGGGAACUUCUCAAAGCGCCGACGGGGUCCACCGCGCCCGUUAUUUCAUCAAUCGACUCAACUACCGCGGCCUCCUCCUCGCAGACCCCGAAGGCCGCCGUGCCUCCCGCCCCGCCCCUCGCCGGCGACCAUCGGCCGCCGGCGACACCCGGCAUGCCGCCCGCCCGCUUCGUCCACCUCAUCCUCCUCGCGACGCUUUCGCUCCUCCUCGCGCAGACCCUGGCCUCCUCGUCCCCCGCGCCCGCCUCCGCCGCCACGGCGGGGGAGCCCGGCGACCCCUGCGCGGCCGCCGUCGCGGACGGGGACGGCGACGUCCCGCUGUGCCCGGUGCGGUGCUUCCGGCCGGACCCGGUCUGCGGCGCCGACGGGGUCACGUACUGGUGCGGCUGCCCCGAGGCAGCAUGCGCGGGCGCCCGCGUGGCUCGGCGCGGCUACUGCGAGGUCGGCGCCGGCUCCGCGCCCGUCUCGGGCCAGGCGCUGCUGCUCGUCCACAUCGUCUGGCUCUUCGUGCUCGGCGCCGCCGUCCUCCUCGGCUUCCUUUGAUGCUCUCCGUCUUUCCCGCCCGUUCCCGCAGGUGUAUUCCCCUACCCGUAAUCACUGUCCCGAUCUUUGUGUUGGCUCUUUCCUGUGCUGCUGAGGGCUCAGGAAUGGUGAUCUGGCGAUUUCGUCGAGAGGACUCGUCUAGAGAUGUAACUCGGUUCUUUGAACUUCUUUCUCAGAUAUGUUGGGAUCAGCUGUGCUCUACAUUUUGGAGCAGAGCUGUGAUGAUUGGUUGUUAAAUGCUGUAGAUUGAGAUUAUGUAAAAACAGUUGUAAAUUCUUUGCUAACAAAUUGCAUUGAUCAAA